GCAGGACAGGUUUUGAUUUCUCUUUGCUGCUAGAAAUUCAGCCUCUGGCCGCUUCUCUCUUCUCCAGUCAGAGCUCACUCAGCACAGCUGCCACAGACUCGUCAUGGCUUCAAAGAAAAGCUCCAAAGUGCAAAAAUCUAAAGACGGCACUAAAACCCAAUCAGCCAAUAAGAAUGGGAAGAAGUCAGACUCCGGCUCCGGCGGCAGCGGCAGCUUCUUCACCUGGUUCAUCGUCCUGGCCCUGCUGGGUGUCUGGACGUCUGUAGCCGUGGUCUACUUCGACCUGGUCGACUAUCAGGGAGUCCUCGACAAAGCUAAGGGCUUACAAAUUAACCUGUCUGAGGCCUUGCAAGGUAAACUGGUGGCAUACGACACAGAUGGCGAUGGUGAUUUUGAUGUCGAGGAUGCUAAAGUUCUGCUAGGACUCAAAGAGAAAGUCGUCGUUGUCACAUCCCGUAGCGAAGAGGCCGCCGCCCCAGUGGAGACCGCUGUUCCUGAACCCACACCAGAAGCUAUUGUGGAGCCUGAUCCAGUGCCUGUAGAAGAUGUGAUUGAAGCUGCUGUCGCUGAGGAAGCUGCUGCUCCACCAGAGCCUGAACCUGAGGUAGCAGCUGAGCCUGAGGUGCCUGAACCAGAACCUGAGGCUGAACCUGAGCCUGAGCCAGAACCAGAACCAGAAGAGGUUUGUACUGUGAUUGAGGAGGACCCCGAGGUGCUGGAGGAGGAGCUUCCCGCUGUAGAAGAGGAGGAGGCACCUUUUGAGGAGGCUCCAGUGGAGGAGGAUGUCCCAGUUGAGGAGGAGGCAGCAGCUGAGGAGGUUGCAGAGGAGGUGGAGGAAGCAGUGACCGAGCCAGCUGUGGAGGAGGAGAUUGUAGAUGAACUGGCAGCAGAGCUACAGGCUGCGGUGGAGGAGGCGGCAGCAGCAGCUCUGGAGGAAGAGGAGGCCGCCGCCGAAGCUACAGAGGAGGCCGCUCCUGUAGAAGAGGCCGCGGAGGAGCCCGCCGAAGAAGAGGAGGCAGCUCCUGCAGAUGAAGCCGUCGAGGAACCCGCUGUAGAAGAGGAGGCUGUCGAGGAGCCUGCCGAAGAGGAGACUGAGACUGCUCCUGUUGAAGAGGCCGCCGAAGAGGAAGCUGUCGAGGAAGAAGUUGCUGCAGAGGAGCCCGCUGAAGAAGAGGCAGCACCCUUAGAAGAAGCUGCAGAGGAGGUAGCUGAAGAGGAGGAAGCAGCCGCUGAGGAGGAGCCUGCUGAUGAGGAGCCUGCUGAAGAGGAACCCGCUGAGGAGGAACCCGCUGCUGAAGAGCCCGCUGCUGAAGAGCCCGCUGCUGAAGAGCCCGCUGCUGAAGAGGAGGCAGCACCUACAGAAGAAACUGUUGAAGAGGCAGCAGAAGAAGAGCAGGCAGCACCUUCAGAAGAGGCUGUGGAGGAGGUAGCAGAAGAGGAGGAGGUAGCAGAAGAGGAGGAGGCUGCUCCUUCGGACGAACCCGCUGACGAGCCUGCUGAGGAAGAGGAGGAGGAGGAGGAAGCUGCUCCUACAGAAGAGGCAACAGAGGAGGCUGCAGAGGAUAUUCCAGAAGAAACAGUGGACGAGCAAACACUACCAGACACAGAGACAGAAGAAGAAGAAGUAGCACAAGAGGUAGAGGAGGCAGUAGAAGAAGCAGAGUUUGUUGAGACAGAGGAACAGAUUCAGGAUGAGCCCACAGAAACGUAAAGGCUGCCACGGUCGCCGUGGUGACGGAGCAGGGACCCCACUGACGUUGCAUCAGCACCAUCUGAGUGCGCUCGGAGCGAUGCAUCUCUCCACCUCCAGAGAAACGAUUGAGUCAUCAUGACAACAUUCGCCUCUCUCUCUCUCUCUCUCUCUCUCUCUCUCUCUCUCCCCCCCCACAUCUUUCUCACCCCUCCCUUUUUCUUUUCACCUUCCUCUAAAGAUUCCCUUUCAGUGUAAAUGAGUCGGAUUAUGGAUGAAUUGUUUACUAAUACGGUACCCCUCUUUCUUCCCCUCCUCCUUCCUUUUUUAAAUUUUUUUUUUUAUCUUAAGCAGAACACCCAUUUCCAUUUUUCCCCCCCUUUUUUUUGUUCAGGGUGGUUUAGUUCUGUGUGUCUGUGACCAGAUGUGAAGUCUUAUGUGCUCUAACUUGUACAACAAUGUCUUACCCGAGUCUGUAUCUGCAAGAGCUGUAAAAAAAAUCAGUCCGGAACUUUUAUUUUGAAGUCUUCUCAGUGAUGUCGUUUUUUUUUUGUUGGCUUCCUGGAGCCAUAAUUGUGUUGCCAAGCAAAAUAAGGCCAAAGCUCCUGAGUUCAAGGACUCCUUUUUAGGUCCUUUUUAUGAACUCAUCAGGUUGCAGAGCUUCACACAUUCAGCUGGAGCACAAAACAAGUAAUCUUUAUUUUCUCUGAGCACUGCAGAAUGUCUCCACCUCCCCUCCGGCUGGUCCCCCCCCCCCAAUCCCUCUCCUGACUGUGUGGAGGCAAUAAAAAACCACAUUUCAACUUUCUUUUUUUUCUUCAGAAAUCAAAUAAUAAUAAUAAUAAUUUCUUACCCCUCAUUUUUUGCAGUAUGACUUCAGGAAUUUUGAAUUCUGAGUUCUGAUCUCAGUAUUUUAUUUUAUUUUUUCGAUUUGAUGAAACACCCCCUCAACCCUCCUCAACCCUCCUUAGCCAGCCAGUUUAUUUUACCACUCAGUAUGCGUCGACUCCAGGAUGAGCCAUAUGCUAGCACGUGAAUUCAGAGAGAAAGUGUGUUUGGAAAGUGUGUGUGUGUGUGUGUGUGUGUGUGUGUGUGUGUGUGUGUGAUUGACAAAUCUCUUACUAAUCAAUCCCUUCUGUGAGCCGUAGAUGCCGUGAUGUAGUUUUUGCGACUGUGUUUGACUUUUCCUCUUUUUUUUCUCUGCAGUUUUGUUCUCAAACUACCUGUACCUCCAUCUGCGUGUGUGUGUGUGUUUUAUAGACUUCUAUCUUUUUUUCUUUCUUUCAUAUUUCCAGAUAAUAAGUUUAAAGUGAAGUCGUAACUUUCAAACUUUUCACUCUUUUUGAGUUUAAAAACCUGUACUGUGAUGAAUCUGAGGACACCGAGGACAGUGUAAAAUCUGUCAAACCAGUCAUAACAUGGAUCUUUUUAUAGCGGGCUGACUGAGACUUACUGUUCUUACCCCUGUGUGAUCCAGAUCCUACUUCUCUCUCUUCUGUUUCAGUGUGUGUGAGAUCUGUAGUCUCUGGCUCACUUAGGGUUAAAUAAACAUACAGUUGUCAUGUUCUUCUAGAAGUCCGGUUUUAAAAAAUGACUGUUUUAAUCCCGAACAGGGCCGUAAUAACAAUCUACAAGGCCUCGGGGGCAGAAAAUGAGCAGUGGGCCCCCUUUAACCCACCUGUUUUUGCUAAUGCUGUUAAACUCAUUGAGGAACAUGCACCAUCUUUUUUUUUUUGACACAGGCAGACAACAUGGGUAAUAAUCUAGAACCUGCCUAACUGCUAUAAUCAUCAAAUGACCUCAAACCUAAUGAAUCUGGGGCUUUGGGGAGGAUCUGGGAUCUGGUUUUGGUGAUCCAGCCUCAGAGAUGAGGCUCGCUUUUUUUUAUCAUCAGUGUCAAAACUUCACUGCCUCAUUCUCUCUACUCUAAAAACUAAUAGCUGUGUGUGUUUCUUUGUUUUUUUUUCUUUCUUUCUCAGCGGGGGAAAUUUGUCGUUUCCUCUUUUUUGUGACAUCAGCUUUUUGUCUUGUGUGUGUUUUUUUUUUUGUUUGUUUUUUUAAAAAUCACUGAAUGGUGAUAGCAGGACGUCUGCAAGCCCAAACCACCACAGCAACAUCUAAACAUCUCAAUCCACUGCAGAAGUUAACAUUAACAUCACCUUGUACUGCAUGAGAGAUGCUAGUGGAGGGAAAUCGGGUACAAACCCUGAAUAACACGUCUGAUUUGAUACUGACAUUAAGCAAUAUGUAGAUGUGAUGUAGUUAUUAAUUUUGGAACAACACUACUGUUCUUGAUAGGAGUGGAACAUUAGGAAAAACAUUGAUUUGAAAAAAAAGAAAUUGAUUUGAUGUCUCAGUCCCACUUUGUGUCUCUAGUCCUCACAUACUGUAACUACUAGCCUGGUUUUUUAGGGAUGCAACAGAUUCCUAUGAUGUGCAGUAGUUUUAUUUUGUAGGAUGUCAUUUUUUUCUCUCCCCCUCUGUCACACAAGCUGGGUUUUUUCUACUCUCUCUUAACACUUUGUAAGUCAUUGUGAACUGUAAAACCUUUUUAACAUUAAAGAUUACAAUCUUUA